AUGGAUAAGGUGCAGUACAUAACGCGCUCGGCCCUGAGGAGAGCCUCCACCAUCGAGGUGAACCCGCAGGCGCGCCAGCGCCUCCAGGAGCUCUUCGUGAACUUCUGCCUCAUCCUCAUCUGCCUCUUGCUCAUCUGCAUCAUCGUGAUGCUCCUCUGA